AUGGCUGCUAUCGCAAAAGCCGCCGCCAGUCUGGCCGCCAUCGCCUACCUCGAUGCCAAGCACGGCAUAGCAAACGACCUCUUGCUCAGUCGAGGCGCUUCUGGCGGUGAAAUUCGUCACAAGAUCCGUUCGUGGCGCAACAAGCUUUCGAUCUACGAGUUCUUCGACUACCAAGCUACCAAGCGUCCCGAUGCCGUCGCUUACGUUUACCUCGGCAAAAACUUCACCUGGGGCGAGGUGGCUAAAGACGUACAUCGCCUCGCCAACUACCUCCUGUCACGUGGGUACAAGGCGGGUGAUCGGGUUGCCAUCUUUAUGGGCAACUCGGUCGCCAUCGUGGAGUGGUUCUUUGCGUGUAUGUGCAUCAACGUGAUCCCCGCGUUCAUCAACAACUCGUUGACGGGAAAGGGGCUGGUCCACUGUGUUUCAGUCGCACGUGCUAAGCUACUCGUCUACGAGCCGUAUCUGGAGGGCGUGGUGUCCGAGGUUCAGGAUCAACUGUUGGACAACUCGCAAAUCGAGGGCUUCUUGCGAUACGACGACGGCAUCACGCCUGUCGACGGCGAUACGGAAAAGCCACCAAUCGAGGUCGCCAAGCCUCUGGCCAAGAAGAUCGAGUUUGGCCCCUCGGACUUGGUCAAGUACUCGGCCAAACGCAUUCCGGACAAGUACCGCAAGGAGGUCGGCGAAUCAAGCACUGCUGCGCUCAUCUACACCAGUGGCACCACCGGCCUGCCCAAAGCAGCGCUCUGCUCGCACGGUCGCAUGGGAACCGCCUGCAGUGUCUGGCCUGUCUUCAACAGCUUUUCCUCCAAGGACCGCAUCUACACGCCCAUGCCUCUGUACCACUCUUCGGCGCUCUUCCUGUGCAUUUGCGCGAGCUUGUGGUCCGGAAGCACGGUCAUCAUCGGACGCAAAUUCUCGGCGCGCAAGUACUGGGACGAGGUGCGCAAGCACAACGCCACCGUCGUACAGUACAUUGGUGAGAUCGCACGUUAUCUGCUCGCUGUGCCACCGUCUCCGCUGGACAAGCAGCACAACGUUCGCAUGGCAUACGGUAACGGUAUGCGACCAGACGUCUGGGAGAAAUUCCGCGAGCGUUACGGUGUGCGCACCAUCUCGGAGUUCUUCGCAUCGUCCGAGGGUAACGGUGCGCUGCUCAACUACAACACGGGACCGUUCGGUGCCGGGGCGGUGGGACGCUUGGGCACGCUGGCUCGCAAGGUGCGUCCGGAUUUCAAAAUCAUUCGUGUCGACGCUAUCACCGAAGACAUCUACCGCGAUCCCAAGACGGGUUUCUGCGUCGAGUGUGGGCCUAACGAACCAGGCGAGUUUGUGAUGCGAAUUGGUACUAACUCGAUCUCCAAGUUCCAGGGCUACGCCGACAAUCCGGAAGCUACGAGCAAAAAGGUGCUCAAAGACGCGCUUGCCAAGGGCGAUGCUUGGUUCCGAAGCGGCGACUUGAUGAGCAAGGAUGUAGACGGUUUCUUCUACUUUGGCGAUAGGAUGGGUGAUACGUUCCGAUGGAGGAGCGAGAACGUCUCGACGACCGAAGUGGCGAAUGCGCUGGGACAGGUGGUGAGCGAAGCCAAUGUGUACGGUGUGCUGGUCCCCAAACACGACGGUAGAGCAGGCUGUGCUGCGAUCCCUGCAGAUGACGCGGCUAGGGUCGACUGGAACAUGCUCGCCGCCGUAGCGCGAAAAAGCCUCCCCAAAUACGCAGUCCCGCUCUUCAUCAGAGUGGUGCCCACCAUGGAACAGACCGGAACCGUGAAACAGCAAAAGGUGCAGUUGAGGAACCAGGGCAUCCAGCACGAUCAGUGCGGAACAGACAGACUCUACUGGCUGCCCCCCAACGCGCAAGGCUACCAACCCUUCCUUCCCGAACACUACAAGCAGAUCGAGGCUGGCAAGGUGCGUCUCUGA